UCGACACGUCAGUCGCGGAGCAACCGAAAGAAAUCGCCGCUGCUGUUGCUCCGGAUCGAACUCCGUCCGUAGAUCCUCUCCGUUGUUCAACGCGCGGGAGCUGUAGAUGGAGGGCCGAGUGACUUUAUCUGUUCGUGGUUAAAGGAGCGAUUAGUGCAUCGGGAGCCGUACAAGAACGCGGGAGAGUCCGGUUGAAGUUUUGUCGGAAGCUGGCGGGACGACGUAAUCAAGACAUGCCUCUAGCUAUGAACUUCCCCUCGUUUUCAUGGGGGAGCAUAAUCACGCUCAUCUUCUUAGGCUACAUCGGUAACUCGAUGAUAACCAUGUACAAAAUCUAUAAUCCCCCCGAAUGUGAAGCUCAAAAUGACUGUUUACAUCCGGCGUGGAGAACCAAGAAGGAUUUCAAGCACCAGCUCGUUCUGAUUGUAUCCACCGAGCUGGCGACAAACAGAGUGACCCUCGGGGACCAUCACGUUAUCCUGAAUCAGGAAGACUUCGACAUCGGUUCCGAGUCGACGUUACGCUCGAGAAAAUUCAAGAUACCGAUGUCGGUCAGGAACAAUGGGACUUUGUAUUUACACGCGUUCCUGGACACCCGGUUGCCGUCGGUGCAAGCGAAAGAUCCAUUCACGUUGAAUCGCUCCCCGAGCACGUCGAAGCAUUCUGUGGUUUUGACACAUCACACAGUACCGAAACCAGAAGCGAUCUCGCUGAUGAAGGACAAAGAGAAAAAAUCUCGAGACGAAAUCAACUAUGAGAAGCCUUAUGUGCAUCUGCCGAGCCAGUUCACCAUAUCGCUGAUGUCGACGCCACACUCGAUCAGACUCGGCCAUCUAUUCCCUCUACUUGUAGAAAUCAUUCAGUUAACGCCCCAGAAAAAAUACAUGCCUCUUAUAUAUGUCAACAAAGCAGCUGUGAUGACAAAGGAUCUAGUGCUAAUCAAGCCGUCCACGGACACCUUCGAAGCAGCUAUAACUUUUAAUCAAGUGACGAUUGGAAAACUGAAAUUCCUCUCGAUCGUAGAAGACGCCCUGAAAAACAUGGCGCAGUUCGGCAUUUCCGAAGAGGAUACUGACGGAGUGAAGAGCAUUUUCUUCGACACGUCUUUAUUCCUCCUCCUCACAACCAUCCUAGUCUCGUCAUUACAUCUCAUCUUCGAUGUGAUGGCGUUCAAGAAUGAGGUGUCUUUUUGGAAAAAUAUUCGAAACUUCGAGGGGAUUUCCGUCCGCACUAUCGGGUGGAGAUCCCUAUCUCAGAUCGUCAUCCUCCUUUAUCUCUAUGACAACGAUACUUCGCGUCUAGUCCUUUUCUCGACCGCCGUGUCCACUCUGAUCGAAAUUUGGAAACUGUCCAAAGCUCUCAAAGUUUCAGUGAAGUGGAGGCAGAAGCUUCCGUUCGGUACCGUGACUGCGGCCGAGAAACAGACCGACGAGAUAGACGUGCAGGGUAUGAGAUAUCUCUCGUACCUCUUGUGGCCGCUGUGCAUUGGGGGAGCGGUCUACAGUCUGUACUAUCAACCGCACCGGAGCUGGUAUUCGUGGAGCGUGGCAUCUCUGGCGAACGGAGUCUACGGAUUUGGUUUUCUGCUGAUGUUACCGCAGCUUUUCUUGAACUAUCGAUUGAAAUCGGUGGCGCAUUUACCGUGGAAGGUAUUCAUGUACAAGGCUUGCAACACAUUCACGGACGAUUUAUUCGCUUUCAUCAUCCACAUGCCCACGGCUCAUCGAGUCGCCUGUUUCCGGGACGAUGCGGUGUUCCUUGUCUUCUUAUACCAGAGAUGGCUCUACCCCGUGGACAAGUCCCGAAGAAAUGAGUUCGGUGAAUCUUUCGCUGACAAAAAGUCGCCCAGCAAGUCACAGCUCGUUGUCGAUGAGAAGAAGAAGAAGAAGAUUGCUUAAUUCGUCUCUUCAGAUCUCUUUUGUGAAGAACCUCAUGACAACGAUCGACCCACAGUCGCAACACGACUUCGUGAGGGUGCGUGAAAACUCACAUGGACGGAACUAGUCUCGACAGUGAUCGU